AGGCCUCUCCCAGUGACCAGUCCCGACACGAAAACCCAUCAGCAAAGCUUCUUCGGUCUUCUCACAAGCUGCUUCACGUCCAACAACAAUAAGAAGUUGUUGUUGUAGCUGCUGCUGUUGUUGUUAAUUUAAAUCCCUUUGCUAUCGUUCGUCCCCAUCGUGACUGUUCGUUUGAUGGUGGAAGGUUUCUUUCCUUCAUUCGAACAAACGACUAAAAAGCACGAGCACACUCUACCUGCCAAGGACAUCGAGCAGCCUGCAGGAUGAGAUCGUCCCGAGCCAUCUCGAUUUUCCUGGUCCUCGUGGCUGCACACGGACUCGGAGCCCAGAAGCAGCAGCAGGAGGAUCCAUGCCAGAUGAAAUCUCGGGUGGUCAGUGACAUAGAUUACUGCGAUCGUUACUGGGAGUGCGUGAGCGGCCGUCCGGAGCUGUUCGACUGUCCGAACGGUCUCGUUUUCGCCGGGAAGCAUCGUGGCGUAACCGAAGGCUGCGACUAUCCGUGGCGCGCGAAUUACUGCGACGGUAAACGUCAGGCGAAUCCACCCAUCGGCGCCGAACACUGCGAUUGGCUUUACGGUAUCUUCGGCCACGAAACAUCCUGCACGAGGUACUGGACGUGCUGGAACGGAACUGCCACCGAGCAGCUCUGCAUCGGCGGACUCCUCUACAACGAAAAAGCGAGGUCUUGCGACUGGCCUGAGAACGUUGAAGGAUGCCAGAAGCAUCCUCUCUGCAACGAGGACCCGAACGGUAACGUGCCAUUGGGAAAAUCGUGCAACCGUUACUGGCAAUGUCAGGGUGGUUAUCCGCGUCUCCAGAGAUGUCCAGCAAUGUUGGUAUUCGACAGAAGAUCAUUGAGAUGCGUCGUCCCCCCAACGGAGGACUGUGACGUACCGACGACGCCGCCGAACAUCGGUGGCGAUCUUCCCGAAGGAGGAAACGACCCGGAGCCCGAAGAGGAGAACCUGCCACCGGGUGUCCCUCCGCUGCCUUCUGGAGCGGUUCCGUUGAGGGCAAGACCGAGGAACUAGAUUGACUUACCAUUUUUUUUUUCGUAUAGAGAGACGAUAACACGGUGUGAAGAAAAAAAUCUACAAAAAUCGUAGAAAUUAUGUUUUUCCAAUCAAAAUUAAAAUCUCAUCGCAAACGAUGAAGAAAUCGACUCCAAAACUCGCAGAGACAAACAACUGACGGAGACUCCGAGACCCACGAACGUGGCCGAUGCUUAUAAUUGCUCAUCGAACACAAUAUUUUAUUCCUCGAUUCCUAACCAACGUCUGGAAAAUCAAUUGAAAUUUAUUUGUCAUAAAAAAUAUGGUAAUAUCGUCGACCAUUCAUAUUUUUAUCGUAAAUUCUAAAACAUCGCAACGAAUUAUUUCGUAGAAUUCUCCCUCCCCAUCCCUCGAUCAAAGUGUAAAUAUUCCCGAAGACAAUCCUCCCUCGUCCCCUUUCCUUAAUGUGAAAUACUAAUCGUAAUACGAAUUUAUAUUAUUGUUUGUAUUUUAGAUUUCGUGGAAUAAAGCCUGCGUUGUAUAUUUUUUAUACGUACAAUA